UUGAAUUUGGAGCGUCGUUACUCGGCGCGGAACGUGGAGCGUGGAGCUGCUAUUCGAAUUUACUACGCCGCCUCGACGCGAUUGGCUGGUUCGCGGACAGCGACGCGACGCGAUUGGCCAGUCGCCCACCAGCCCCGAGCCUGGUUGGCCUGUGACAGCGCGGAAACGGGGAGUUAAAGAGUCUGUGCCUGUUGUGGCAGCGGGCCUGGCCCUCGGGAACGCUGGAGUCGCCUUUGGGGGGCUUCCUUUCCCCCCCACUCCGUUAGUUUUCUUCUCUGUGCUAUGGGAGAUGUCAAAGAACCAAAAAUGCAAAUAACACCGGAAACUCCAGGAAGGAUCCCUAUUUUAAAUCCUUUUGAAAGUCCUGGUGAUUAUUGUAGUCUCCAUGAACAAACUGUCUCCAGUCCUGUUUUUAAAUCAACAAAAUUACCAACUCCAGGGAAAUUUAGAUGGUCUAUUGAUCAACUAGCUGUAAUAAAUCCUGUAGAAAUAGACCCAGAAGACAUUCAUCGUCAAGCUUUGUAUUUAAGUCAUUCUCGAAUAGAUAAAGAUGUGGAAGACAAAAGACAAAAAGCCAUUGAAGAGUUUUUCACUAAGGAUGUUAUUGUGCCCUCUCCUUGGACUGAUCAUGAAGGGAAACAGCUUUCAGAGUAUCAUUCCAGUAAAUGUAUUAACAUAACUAAUGAAUCUCCAAUUGGAAGAAAGCUGACCAUCUGUUCUGAGAAAAGUAAUGUUGCUUGUCAGACAUUGCUGUCUCUUCCUGUGGAUUUUAAUUUAGAAAAUGUAUUAGGUGACUAUUUUAGAACUGAUGAAUUUGCAGAUCAAUCUCCCGGAAACCUCAGUUCUUCAUCCCUCAGAAGAAAGCUAUUUUUAGAUGGCAAUGGGAGUAUCUCUGACUGCUUACCUCCAGCUUCUCCCAGAAGUCGUCACAGUAGUGCUCAAACAUCACUUGAAGUUUUUUAUUCAAUAGAUUUAUCUCCUGUACAGGGUAGGAGCCCCGUGCAGACACCAAGUUCGGGGCAGUUUUCUUCCAGCCCUAUUCAGGGUAGUGCAAAAAAAUACAGUUUGGGAAGUAUAACCAGUCCUUCAACUAUUUCUUCACCCACUUUCUCACCAAUUACAUUUCAGAUAGGAAAGACACCACUUUCAGAACAAAGGAAGCUUGCUUUUCAUUCUCCUGAUGCUUCAUCUGGAAUAAAUUCUAAUGGAAUUAGUAAUCCAUGUAUCAGAAGUCCUUACAUAGAUGGCUGCUCACCAAUUAAAAAUUGGUCUCCUAUGAGACUUGAGAUGUAUAGAGAUGGUACUCAAUAUCGGACCUCACUGCUUCAAAUACCUUUUACCCUUGAGGCUCACAGUGAACAUGAAGAAAAUAAAGCAAAUGCUCCUUCCACAGAUGCCUCAUCACCUGCCAUGGACACUACUGGCAUCCACCUGCGGCAGUUGGAUAGCGAUGCUUCCCCUCAUGGCACACGUUUAGUAGUGACUUCCAUGUCUGUUACACAAAAUCAGUCCAGUGCUUCUGCAAAAGUCCUAGCACUGCUGCAGGAUGUUGAAAGUGAGAAGGAGAAUAACACUGUGGAUAUGGUUGAUCCUAUAGAGACAGCAGAUGAGAACACUUGGAUUAAGGAGCCGGUGGAUAAUGGGAGUUCACCCAUGACUGAUUCCUUGAGUGGGAUCGCCUUCACUAUUGAAAACUCUCAUAUGUGUAUGUCACCUCUUGCAGAAAGCAGUGUAAUUCCUUGUGAAAACAGUAACAUUCAGAUGGAUAGUGGCUAUAAUACACAGAAUUAUGGAAGCAAUAUUAUGGAUACGGUUGGGGCAGAAAGUUACUACAAAGAAAACGAUGCACAAACUUUGGAAGGCGAGACCAAACCUCAAGUUUUUAAUAUAAAGCAAGACCAUAAGACACAGAGGUGUUGGAUGAAAGCAGCAAAUCCUCAAUGCAGCAGUCCACAGAGCACCUCUCUCAGAACCAAAGACUAUCGUUGAAUAGCUCCUCGCUUAUUUUUUUUUUUUGCUUAUUAUUUAUGAUCAUUAUUGGGGGAAAUUGCUUCAACUAACAAGCAUAGCUUUCUUUCCCUCCUCAAUGUGACAAAUCGAGAACUUAAUUUAGUGACCUAGGAACAUCAGAAAAGCACCUGGAGCCUUCAACAAGUUGCUGAAGCACAAGUUUAUUUUUUGUCAAUAAAUAUUUUUGUACUAACCUUGAGUGACAUGUUUACAAUAAAAAACUCAAGAACGUUGA